GGUCGCCUCUUCCUAUUUUCUCCCAGUAUCUCCCUUCUCAUCAAUCACCAUUUCCGACCUCAACCCUCUCGGUAAUGGCUUCAAAACCAAAUCCCACUAAUGACGAAAAGCCCAGAAACCCUGAAACAAGCCAAAUCUUCAUCUCCUCCGAGACGCUGCAAGCCGUGCUUUCCCACCACACCCUAAUCCAACACUUCCACACCUCUCUCCCUGCAGUCUCCUCCGCAAUCCAAGCCCCAAUUCGACCAAACUACGCUGUUUCACCAAUCUCUUCCCUUAUCCUCAUGCCUUCCUGGUCCUCUUCCCCAUCUCUCCCCUACAUGGGCGUCAAGCUCGUCACCUCUUUCCCACAAAACUCGACCGUCAACUUACCCGGCAUCCACGCCAAUUUCGUCCUCUUCAGUUCCACCACCGGCCAACCCUUAGCCUCUAUGGACGGAACGCUACUGACCCUUUACAGAACUGCAUCGGUAUCCGGCCUAGCUUCAAAAAUCCUGGCUAGAAACGACAGCAAAACCCUUGUCAUGAUCGGAGCAGGAGCUCUAGCUCCCCACCUAAUCAAAGGCCACUUAGCCGCAAAUCCCAGUUUGCAGAAGGUGAUAAUCUGGAACAGAACGAUGAAAAAAGCACGUGAAUUGGCCGAAAAUCUGCGGAAUUGCGGCGAGCAUGAUGGUAUCCGUUUUGAGAGCAACGAAUCAUUGGAGGAAAUCGUUGAAUUGGGUGAUAUCAUCAGCUGUGCGACGAACUCUGAAGUACCGCUGGUGAAAGGGGAGAAGCUGAAGGCGGGGGCGCAUCUGGAUUUGGUUGGGUCAUUCACGCAUACAAUGAGGGAGUGUGACGAUGAGGCAAUAAGGAGAGCGAGAGUGUAUGUGGAUAAUGAGGCGGCGUUAGUGGAGGCUGGGGAGCUGGUGGGUGCUAUGGAGAGAGGGGUGAUUGAGAAGGAGGAAAUUCUGGGGAAUUUAGUGGAGUUGAUUAAGGGGGAGAAGGGUGGCAGGAGGAAUUCUGAGGAGAUUACCUUGUUUAAAUCUGUUGGUUCUGCUGUUGUUGAUCUCUUGGCUGCACAAUUGGUGUAUGAAACACGCAUUUAGUGGAGGAAUGUGAUAUGAGUCCUCUCCUGUUUGCAGUUUGUAAUGUAAAACAGGACCAUUGAAAGGGGGAAAAGCCCUAAUAAGAUGGGAGUUGGGCAAAUUCGACAUAAUUCAGACUGCACAAUAUUUUCUUGAUAUGAUACUAAUAACUAGUACAUUAAAGUGUUAAGAUGCUCAAUGCAAUCAGAAUUGUGCUGGAUAUGGUCAAUGAAAAACUCUGAAAUUC